AGGUAUCUAAUAAAGAAUGGCUCAUCGUUUGACUUCUCAUCACAGAGCUCUGUUUUCCCCAAAGUACUUGUCUGGAACAUCAGCUCACAUCACAACAACGUCAUUUUUUAGAGCCCCAUUUGAUGUGAAGAAUAGUGAGGACUUUCAAAAAAGAGUUCUUGCCUCUGCAAAGCCUGUCCUUGUGGACUUCCAUGCUGAGUAUGAAGGAAUUCUUUUUAAACUUUUCUCUACUUAACUGGUUUUGCUUUUUGCUUUUCUGAACUCUCAUAGCUGUUUUUGGUGUUGCAUGUAGAAGCUUAUAACCAUAGGUUAUACCGACAAGAGAGAAUGAUAGGACAAAGAAGGAAACACCCAGUUUAACCCUUGGGAUAUGUGAAUUUCCCAAAGUUAUGAUUAGACCAAUUAAAUGCUUGAAAUUAAUCAGAAGUUGGUUUUCUGGAGAGGUCUGCAAACUUUUAUUCAUUUUAGUCAAGAGAGAGUGAUGGGACAUUAUGCUUGCAGUGUAAUAAUUUUCUGGUAACAUGUACCUGCUAUGUUUUGGCGACGGGCCCUAACACCAAUCAAAAUCCCUCAAUUACAUGAUGUAGUGAUCUACGAAUAACAGCCAAUCGAAUCAUUCUCCACACAUUCCAGGAAAAGUGAAUCACAGACGCCCCUUCUCCGAUUUUUACUGAGGGGAGAGGGGGUCUGUACACAGGCUAUCUCUCUUGAUACUGAUGAAAUAACGUCAAAGAAGUAAAGUAACAAAGUUCCCUUUUUUAAGGGAGGUGUCUCAUGGUGGCAUGCUAAAAUUUAUCCUAUGCUGGUUAUAAAAUUUACUACAGAUGUAUAAAAUCCCUUUGAUAAUAUCUAGACUGCUAGUAGGUGGCUGAAUCAUAAUUAAAAAAGCUUUCACAAAGUCCUUCAUGGUCACGUGUUUUUGUUUUGCCACCUACAAAAGGCAUUUAACUUGCUUGCAGUAUGCCAAUUUUAGGGUCAUUCAAAAUAUUAUAGCUGCAGCCAAUCAGAUCAGUGAUGAAUACAAAUUGUCAAUCAAAAGUAAUCCAGCACUGCUACAUUUCAUUGUUGUCACACAACCUUUGUGACUAGAAAUCAAUAAAGUACCAACCCCUGACUUUGAUUUGGAUGGAAAACUGGAUUCAAAAUCCUUCAAGUGGGACAAGUUGACCUCUCACAAAUGAAUCCCCACUUGAAUCAUUUCGUACCCUCAUUAAGGCUUUAUAUGGUAACUGACAAAGUUUUACCCCUUUUCACUGAUAAUAAGAGGUCAACGUGGUACAAGUCUAGAGUGAGUACUGGGUGAAUCACUUAAACAAGCUUGGAGAUAAUAUAUUGUAGAAUAUUGCAGUUCCUAACAUCAACUGACACUGUUUUCACUUGUUAUAAGUCACUUGAUUUUAAAAAUUUUUAUCGGCAGCUUCUAUAAUUUACAGCCUUUUCUUAUUAUUUUAUUAAUAAUGAGAUUGAAGGGUGCACAAAAAAUUUGUAUGACUUUGCAUCAAGCUCUUAAAAUUCUAAUUUUUUCGCGUGCUUUUUGUCCCAUUCUACUGAAUAUAAUUUUAGUUUAAAAAAAUUAUUCUAUUUUGUAACUUUAAUGUUGUACUUGUUCCAUUGUAUACCAAAACUAACAGCACAUCAUAGUUACCAGUUUGCUUUUUUGUGUUAUUUUUAUAAUCUAUGGAAAAGUACAUAAAUUUUGUCUCUUUUUUUUAUAGGUGGUGCCACCCUUGCAAGUUGUUGGCCACAAAGUUAGAUGACAUUGUUGGGCAAAAGAAUGGAUUGCUAGAACUGGCCAAAGUCGACAUAGAUAAUAAUGCUGAUUUAGCUCUUGAAUAUGAAGUGAGUAUCUUCAGAUAACACCAGUGUGUACUCCCUACAUCAUAUGUGCCAACUCUCCCGGUUACUGCACUGAUCGCCAGUGCUUUUGACCUUUUUUGUGCUUUAGUUUGAAAUUUAGCCCGUUUUUUCCUCAAAAUUCGAACUGUUUUUUUUUUCAUAUUUGUACUGUUUCUGGAACAUUUUUGCACGUAUAGUCACUGAAAAAGAUUAUUUCGUCAUUACAUUGAUUAAAGAAAAUUUCAGUAGUAUGUACUUCCUGUAAACCUUCCUAUAAUGUCCUAAGCCAUAGGUCAAUUUGUGGGCAGGGGGGGUUCAUUGACAUUCAGAGGGAGGGGGUAGUACAAAAGAGAGCGUCUCCAGUCUACGUUUCUGUAUAAUGGACUGUUACCACGGGAGUUCUUUGCACUAAUGAAAGGGAGACUUUUCUCAGGUAUACAAAAUGGUAGAGAUUUUACGAGUCAAGGUUUUUAAAAGGGGUUACGAGAACUGAUUUGUGGGGAUCUUAUCUUCCAAAUAAUUCUGAAGAGGCGUACAUUGUACCCUACGGCUGAUCCAUUUUCAAAUGUAUUUUGAGCGGCUUUUGUCAUAGAAAAAAGUGAGUUGAAAACGUCAAGUUAUAUUAAAAGAAACAUUUGGAUUCAAGGAAGAGGUAGAGGAUAACUACAAGGGCGAGAUUUAACUUCACGUUUUUGGAAUACUUAUAGAUAUAGACACUCUGGAAAGCUUGAUUGUACUUUUUUUUUUCUCCAGAAAAGUUAGCAAGGUUAUUUUUAUUGAAGGAGGUUACGCCCUCUUCCGUCUGCAAAAUGAUAAAAGUACAAACUUCUAGCAUUUGAUAACUUGUUUCCGCCACUACGACAUCUCGUAGUUAAGUGACGACGGCUAUCACAUUUGCCCGCCAAAAUGCUGAUUCACAUGCCCGCACUCACGCGCGUAGUAGUGCGCACGCAAUGCUACGCGUAGUCGUACUCGUCUUAGUAUCUUAUAAAAGGUCUCUAUUAACGAAGUCGACAACGGCAGCCUCAAAAGGCAAUAGGUUUAAUAAGCAGAACACUAACUCUGCACUUGCAUCGCUCUUUUUGGUGUAUUUCUUUACCCAGCUCUACUACGACGUGAUAUUUUCUAUUGCCACGUUCUACGUGGGCCGAGCACACGUUCCAAAGAAUACAGGUGGCCUUAUCACAAAUGUAUGGGCUGGUGGCUGGUCCUAAGUUUCGAGGAUGUUGCUUUAGGGUUGGCUGUUAAUUACCGUUAGCAUAGGUUCGACUUUUAAGUAUUAAAAUACGUGAAUGUUGACGUUUUCUUUCUUGGUUAGGUCAAAGCGGUUCCCACUGUACUUGGCGUAAAAAAUGGAAAGAUUAUUGACUCGUUUCAAGGAGCAGUAGACACUGACCAGCUGAAAAGAUUUGUGGACAAGUUGUUACAAUAGAGAACACUGCAACUAUUGUGCGACAGUGCUUUCAUUGCACCGCGUGGAGACAAAGACAUGUCAAAUGCUGGUCUGGUUUGAAGUUCUUUAUAUGUAAAUAAAGUGAGGAAUAGACUCAAGAUUGAAAUACCGUAGCCUGAG